AUGAAUUCCUUUCAGGAGCUGAUGUCCAGCCAUGGGGAUACAGCCUUACAGUUUACAAAAGCUUGCAUUCCGACACAGGUCAGGCUUGGGGAUUUGGACCAGAGGAUUAAUGCUGAGCCCCCAGUGAGCGGAGAUGUAGAGCCAGAAUUUUCUCAGUUUAAUCUCACAUCCUCCUCAGGCAUUAGCGCCGGUGCUUCUUCAAAUCCCUCACAGGACCCUGGUCACACGCACUCAACCAGACCAAUAUUCACCCAGAAUCAGGAAUUCUCCACACCAGUCUGCCUCAAUCGACCCCAGUUUCACUCCUUCCUCGGGACUCGCGACCAGAGUUUCAGCGGAAGGGGAUACUCGCCCUCUUCAGACACUUCGAAGACUCUUUCGGAGGCACACCUUGGUUCAGGGCCAUUUAAUGCGCGAAUCGAAAUCUACACACACGAUGGCCCAAGGUAUUGUCUUGCAGUUAUGGACAACCAUGCUAAGCAUCAGGUUUAUGGUAAAUCACCCGAGGACAACCAAAGCAGCAAAACUUUCGACUGGAUGAAGGUGAAAAGAAAUCCUUCCCGUACCGGCAACAUACAGAUGUCUGGGGGAAUGCGUUACCUCAACACGGGGUACACUAUGGACAGUGGAUGUGAUCUGAGCGAAAAUAUCUCCAGUGCAAACCAUGCGGCCAGUGGUGUCCAGAGAACCAACUUCACAACCAAACAGCUUACUGAGCUGGAGAAAGAGUUCCAUUUCAACAAAUACUUAGCGCGGGCGCGGCGCGUGGAGAUUGCAGAAACACUGCGGCUGAGCGAGACGCAGGUGAAGAUAUGGUUUCAAAAUCGGCGCAUGAAACAGAAAAAACUUCUACGGGAAGGCCUGAUUCCCGGACUAAAGAUGUCAUCUGGGUGCAAUGAGGACACAUCAUCUAACAAGUUACAUAGUCGUCUUCCUCUUGAGACAAAUUAG